CUGGGAUGCAGGCUAGGCUUUAGCAUGAAGGAAAAAAAUUCGGUUUCUGCAGCUGUCACAUUUCAUAGAUCAUAGAACAUAUGAUUAAUUUUCUCAUUCAAAUUAUGGGGAUAUGGAUACCCUAGUCAAGCGGUAGGAUGACCAAGCUGCGAAUAGCGUCUUUAAAGUGAAUUGGGAGUCCUAAAUUAGGAUCACGCCUAAUGCCAAAUCACAUGAUCAAUAAGUACUGAAAAGUAACAGCAAAGUAUUUCAGCAGAAAAACCAACAUGAUGUCAGCUCAGAACAACCGUGUAAAAACAGUGGAUGGGAUAUGGAAAUAUCCUGUAACAACGUCAUUGAAGAAGCAACCUAAGUUGUUGCUUGUCCCAAAAACUUCUUUUUCUCCUGCCAAGUCGAAUGUGGAACUAAGAACACAUAUUUAUCGUAAAUAUCCAUUAUAUAACGAUUUUUAAUUUAAAAAACAACAAGAAACAUACCAAAUGACUUUCUUUGAGGGAAAACCUAUUCGUCCAAAUGAUGCUUUCGAUCUUCUGUGAUAAAAUUGAUAGUUGCUUGGCCAUCAACGGAAAACAUUCGACAAAUUCUCUGUCAAAAUAAAAGUAAGUAACGCUCAGUCUAAAAAUGGAUUAGCAAAUUGAACUGAGAUACCAACAAUUUGCAACAGUCAGGCUACAAUGCGGCUUUUAGUAGACAGGUACUUGAAGGGGAAAAAGAAAAAAAACGUACGCAUAUAGAUCUAGGUACACCUGACUGAAGGAGCAAGCUCAGGGAUCGUUCAAGACAGAACGUACUCCCUGGCAGAAACUAUCAUUAUUUGCGUCAAAGAAAAACAAUACGGAGCCAGAAUAAUUCUCUAAAAGGCACGAAAUCGCACUCUAUUGGGGAAAACAAGCAUGACAGUCUUUUGAAAUUUAUAACACGCAAAGGGUCCAGAUAACAAAUAUCUUUUAGAAACUGAAUGAAAUUAUCCCUUGAAGUGGUACAGUAUUGGCAUUAGGUUUUCAAAUACGAUGCGUUGCACUUUAAGAUAGUCAAGAAGCAGCCAAUGUAGUUUGUAUGCAAUGCCUGAUAGUAUUUUGUCGAAUACGUUGGUUAAUUAAAAGAAUUCUCGAAUAAAAAUAAUGGUUAUUUGAACUUCUUCUUCCUUUGCGGAACAUUUUUGUGUCUCUGUUUUGUAUUCGUGCCAUAAUGUAAAAGACUUCAAACACAAAGUCAAUUUUCUGUUAAGAUUAAAUGUUUAUCUUGUACAGUUCGUUAACUAGAGGAAUUAAUAUCAAUCAAUUAUAUUAAAGUUGACGAUAGUCUUUUAAUGCUCAAUACACACUUUCUUCUAACUAGAUUUGAACCAUCCCAUCAACGCCUCUGCUUUUUUACAAAAAACUUAGUGUUUGUUUUAUCAUCGUUAAGAAAACAGUAUUUCGUUUCCUUUUGUCGUCGCUGUUAAUUAGCAUAGUGUACUGUUUAAUCCACACGAGAUUCUUCCUAUUGCAAACGAAUAAAUUCAAAAAAAGUUUGAAAUAACCAUCAUCAACUUAAGGAUAUUCCGUUACAUGAUAAUCAUUACCGUCUUAUGCUCUUCGUGGUACUGGCUUUAACUUUUCAGUUGAUUUUCCGUAUGAUCUUUAGCGAGAAUUUUCAGAGCAGCGCACAUUUAGAAACAAACUGCUCUUUUACGGACACAAAAGCGACAUGAAGCGAACACAGUGACGCUACAAGGAAAUUUUCAUUCGUAAAAUUUGGCAUUCAGAAUAAAUUGCGCAUGACUUAAAACAAAUAAGAAAAGAUGAACCGCUCGUGCCCAGAAGAACCAUACUUUUGCCCGUCAAUAUGGCCAUUAGACAUGCCGUGGCCCCAUUUGAUCACUUGGUCCUUUUUUAUCGCCCUUUUGUCACCAAUCACCAUCAUCUCGAACGCAGCACUAAUUUAUGGACUUUACAAAUUGGAGCAGCUAGACACGAUCACAAACAAAUUCAUUCUCGUGAUGAAUAUAUCAGAUCUUGGAACGGGAAUAUUUAUCCUGCCAUCCAUAGCUGUAAUGGCAGCUUUAAAAAACAAGUUCCGCAACUGUGUUUUUGAAAAGGUUAUUCAAUGUACCGCCUUUCUUCUGGCAUAUUUCUCGUUUUUCAUGUUGAUGUGCGUAUCUUUGGAUCGUUAUCUUCACGUGACGAAACUCAAAAAGUACAAUAAGUUCAUGAACGAAUUUCGCAUGAAGGUGAUCGUUGUGUUUAGCUUCGUAACAUCGGCAAUAAUCGCCUACAUAUCGAUCGCGUUCCCUUCUUUCCCGCUGCAAGUCGCGUUGAAUUUAUCCGAUCUUUUUGGUGUUCUGUUUAUGUUCAUCUUGUAUUCGGUGGUGUUUCACAAAAUUUUAAUUAAUGCUGAGAGAGUUAAAAACAUGCUAAGAGAUGCGGGAGAAGAUUCGGGUAACCGAGAAACAAGACGAGAAAUCUCGGCAACGAAAAAGAUUCGUUAUGUCCUGGGCGCCUUGUUGGUUCUGUAUCUACCGUACAACAUUUUCUCCGCAAUCUGGACGUAUUACAAAUUCCAGGAGAAGAAGAAUCCCCCUUUAACCACAAACACACUAGAAUAUUGGUCUUAUAUAAUUGUGUUUUUUAAUGCUUCAGUAAAUGCUAUCCUAUUCGCUUAUGGCAACAGCGUUGUGAGAAGAUUUUUAAUUGGAUGCAUUUUCAGAAAUCAAAUUGCUCCAAUGAGCGCAGUAAGCGACGUCACAAAGACCUCUAAAAUUGCGAGCAAGGUCUAGUUGAAGCCAUUCAAGGAGAGGUUGACGUCAUCUGCUCUAAGAUAGUCUCUUGUCCAUGCAAUGUAAUUAUUUUUUGGUGAGAGCAAUAAUCAAUCGGUGCACAUAUGAACUUUUCACAAAAGCAGUGUGAAGGCUCCUACGCUGCAUAAGGCAUAGAGAGGUUUUACUGGCUGAUCAAUGGUAGCUAUAAAAAAUGGUUCAAUUUUUCAGUCGUUGACAGGAUUUUCUCCUUACACGGUGAUGGAAAAAUAAUAGCAACAACGAAGAAAAGGAAACGGACAACAGAUUCUAAAUUUUUGUCGAUUGCUGAUCCUUGCCUUUUAAUUUUUUCGAGUGUUGAUAACGUCAAGAAACUUUAUUUCACUCCACUCAGCUUCAGCACAGAAUACAUCACAAAUUCAUAUAGACUGGAAGAAACAAAGGUUGAUAUUUUGCAAUUUUUUGCAUUAGUUUGGCAGUGUCAUAGUGUUGUGCUAAGAAUGAUCGUCUAUGAUAUGUAUCUGUAAAACUUAAUGUUAUGUUCUGUUAUAUUGCUGUUUAAACGCUGCAAAUAAACAUAAUUAAGCGUAGUUAUGUUAUGUUGUAUAACAAGAUUGUAAAAUUAGAUUAAGGGCCAUCUUGGACUGAAUAUAUCUCAAAAAGAUGUUAGUGGUAAAAAGUUCAAGUGCUGCAAGGAGAGACAUAUAAGACUACGGUGUCCUAACAUUUCCUAAACAGCCGCUGUUCGUAGUGCUUAUUCAUGAAUGGAGUAAAUCUUUGUGCUAACUCGUCGAUCAUGAAACAUCUAUAUUAACGGACAGUAGCUAAACUUUAACAUUUCAAUAGCUCCCAUGACAUUCAUGGUUUUUUCUUCGGGAAUAUAAAUUGAGACCCUUGCAAGAGCACGUCGCUUAUAUUACGCUUCCGUUUACACCAUAUUUACAUGUUGUUAAAAAUUUACUUAUUGGUCAGUUACAGCUCCCGACAAUUUUUUUCGAUCUUUAUUGAGAUUUCAGUAUCCUUCUUGCCAAAUACAAGAGAUGGCAUUUCUCCGCGUUCAAUUCUAUGCAGGUUUGUGCAAACCUAUUUCUUUGUUCAACAGUAUCAUUUUCUAGCUUUAAAAUAGAUUCUCUCAAACUUUUUUUAGAAUUCUCAUUUUUAUAUCGUCUACAUAUUUACAAAUUUCAGUCUCAUACAUCAAAAGGAAAAUAUCAUUGGUAAAUUAAUAAAAAGAA